AAGAGAGACCCUCUUCUUCGAUGUCGAGCAGAAGAAUAUACACUACUCUCUUUCACACCUUCUCUCUCUUCUUCUUCCGUACGCGAUCUCUUACACUGUCUUUCAAUUCCUAAUUUUUUUAUCACCCAUCGCUGCAAAUCUCUCUUCGUUCUCUUGCAUUUUCGAUUUUCCGGUCUUUCUCUCUUUGGAAGAGUUUGAGUUGUUGUUUUUUUCAUACUUAGAUUUGAGCUGAAUAUGACACUGUGGUGUUGAGUUCAGAUUCACGCGUUGAGAAAUUCGAAGUUUUUUAGCAACCAUUUCCAUCACCAAAUUCUGUCUGACUCCAACUGCUCUUGGAAUUAUUGAAUUCUGCAUUGGUGAGGGUUUUGGCAGCAUCAUAAUGCUUAUGACCCCAUUUACUAAUUUGAAAUGAUAACUAUUUCAAACUAGUAAUGGGAUUCUUUUAAGAAACUUGGUUCCCACAUUUCAAUCUAUAAAAUACAAAUAUGCCUUCAUGGUGGGGGAAAUCGUCAUCGAAAGAAACCAAGAAGAAAGCAACUAAGGAAAGUUUUAUUGAUGCAUUUCACCGGAAAUUUAAAAUCCCAUCUGAAGGUAAACCAAGCAGUAGAUCUGGAGGAUCACGGAGACAUUGCAAUGACUCAAUUUCAGAGAAAGGGGCUCAGUCUCCUUCUGAGUCAAGAUCUCCGUCACCUUCCAAAGUGGCAAGGUGUCAAAGUUUUGCUGAAAGGCCUCAUGCUCAGCCACUACCCCUUCCUUGCCUGCACCCAUCAAGUUUAAGCCGAGCAGAUUCUGAAAUUAGCAUAUCUUCCAAAGCAAGACUUGAAAAGGUCUCCAAACCAUCGUUAUUUCUUCCACUACCAAAACCUGCAUGCAUGCGUGGCAGACUGAACCCUGCAGAUUUGGAUGGAGAUCUGGUCACCGCUUCAGUCUCUAGUGAGAGCUCUGCUGAUAGUGAUGAACCAGUGGACUCUCGCAAUCGUAGUCCCCUGGCAACUGACUCUGAGACUGGGACUAGAACUGCUGCAGGCAGUCCUUCCAGCUUGAUGCCUAAGGAUCAAUCAAGUACUAUUUCCCAAGUAAAUUCAAGAGAAGCCAAAAAGCCAGCAAACAUUCUGGGUAAUCAUAUGUCUUCUACUUCACCAAAACGGAGGCCUCUAAGCAACCAUGUUCCAAAUCUGCAGAUUCCUCCCCAUGGUGCUUUCUGUAGUGCUCCUGACAGUUCCAGGUCAAGUCCGUCAAGAAGUCCAUUGAGAGCAUUUGGCACAGAACAGGUGUUGAACUCUGCUUUUUGGGCUGGAAAGCCAUAUUCAGAGGUCAAUUUAGGUGGAUCUGGACACUGCUCAAGUCCAGGUUCUGGACACAAUUCUGGGCAUAAUUCAAUGGGAGGGGACAUGUCUGGACAGUUAUUUUGGCAACCAAGCAGGGGUAGCCCUGAAUAUUCACCUAUACCUAGCCCUAGAAUGACUAGCCCUGGUCCAAGCUCUAGAAUUCAGAGUGGAGCUGUUACACCUAUUCAUCCCAGAGCUGGGGGAACACCCACUGAAUCACAGACAGGAUGGGUUGAUGACGGAAAACAACAGAGUCAUCGAUUGCCCCUUCCUCCCUUAGCAGUUACCAAUUCUUUGCCUUUCUCUCAUUCAAAUUCUGCAGCAACAUCUCCAUCUAUGCCAAGAAGUCCAGGAAGAGCAGAUAAUCCAAUAAGCCCUGGAUCACGCUGGAAAAAAGGAAAGCUGCUUGGCAGAGGCACAUUUGGACAUGUCUAUGUUGGUUUUAAUAAGGAAAGUGGUGAAAUGUGUGCAAUGAAGGAGGUAACUCUGUUUUCAGAUGAUGCCAAAUCUAAAGAAAGUGCUAAGCAAUUAAUGCAGGAAAUUACCUUGUUAAGCCGAUUACGACACCCAAAUAUUGUGCAGUAUUAUGGUUCUGAAACAGUAGACGACAAGCUUUACAUAUACCUGGAAUAUGUAGCAGGAGGCUCCAUAUAUAAACUGCUUCAAGAAUAUGGACAGUUUGGUGAACUAGCUAUUCGUAGUUUUACUCAACAAAUUUUGUCUGGACUUGCGUAUUUACAUGCUAAAAAUACUGUCCAUAGGGACAUCAAAGGAGCAAAUAUACUGGUAGAUACCAAUGGCCGGGUCAAGUUGGCAGACUUUGGCAUGGCAAAGCAUAUAACGGGGCAAUCAUGUCCAUUAUCAUUCAAGGGAAGCCCUUAUUGGAUGGCUCCUGAGGUUAUAAAGAACUCUAAUGGUUGCAACCUUGCUGUUGAUAUAUGGAGUCUUGGAUGUACAGUUUUGGAAAUGGCUACAACUAAACCUCCUUGGAGUCAAUAUGAAGGGGUUGCUGCUAUGUUCAAGAUUGGUAAUAGCAAGGAACUCCCAACAAUUCCAGAUCAUCUCUCUAGUGAAGGAAAGGAUUUUGUUAGGAAAUGUCUGCAACGAAAUCCACAAAAUCGCCCUCCAGCCAGUGAAUUAUUGGACCACCCUUUUGUAAAAUGUGCUGCUCCUUUAGAAAGACCUAUCCUGGGUCCUGAAGCUUCAGAUCAGUCAUCUGGGGUCACACAAGGGGCAAAGGCUCUGGGCAUUGGACAAGGAAGGAAUCUUUCUGCAUUGGAUUCGGAUAGAUUGGCUCUUCAUUCCUCUAGGGUUUUGAAAACUAAUCAUCAUGCGAGUGAAAUCCAUAUUCCAAGGAAUAUAUCUUGCCCGGUCUCUCCCAUUGGAAGCCCACUGUUGAGGUCAAGAUCACCACAGCAUAUGAGUGGGAGAAUGUCUCCCUCUCCUAUAUCUAGCCCUCGGACUGCUUCUGGUGCCUCCACACCUCUAAAUGGUGGUAGUGGUGCUAUUCCAUUUAGCAAUCACUUAGUUUACAUUCAGGAGGGUCUUGGGAACCUGCCAAAGUCCUUAAACAGUGGCUACGCUAGUGGCUCUGCUCAUCAUGACUCAAAUGUUGACAUUUUUCGAGGAAUGCAAAAGACCUCUCACAUUACAUCAGAACUGGUUCCAAGUGAAAAUGAUGUUCUUGGGAAGCAUUUUGCAAGGCCUCCUCAUAAUGAGCCAUACGAUGUUCAAUCAAUCUUGGCUGAUCGCGUCUGCCGGCAGCUGCUGGGGGAACAUGUAAAGAUUAACCCAUCCCUUGAUCUGAGUCCCAACUCGUCUUUACUCAGCCGAGCAAAUGGUUUAUGACACUGAAAUUUUCAUGGGCCCACUUCCAUAAGGAUGUCUUUGAAGGUUGUCAGACUACCUUUUGGUUACGACGAACUAUUCAUUGUUCUGUUUGCUGAGGAGGUAAUUGUAAAAUAAGGAGCCAAAGCAUAAGAGUAUCAGUGUAAUAAAUUUGGAUCUGAGAAUAGGUGAGCUGGGGCACACAUAAUUCCAUUUUGCAUGGCUUCAGGCUCAAGGCUUUUGGAGUUCAGGUCCUUUCAGGUGAAGUGCCAAACUAAGCUAUAGGAUGAAACUUGCUGACAUUUGAUUUGUUUAUAUCAAUUGAAACAAAUGCUCACUCAUUGGCAAAGAACAGCAUCAAUGCAAUGAUGAUAAUUAGAGAGCUUGAGUUUCUCUCCGUGCCUAAUAUAUGAGGAAGGUUUAAUGUUAAUAUUAGCUCAAGAAAUGAGUUUUUCUAAUCAUAUGUAUGCAGUUCCUUCGGUUAAAGAAUCCAUGCAAUGACAAAUGUAUCUUUUAAAACAUCAUAUAGAUGCCAAAAAAGCGAAAUUGGUACAAAAUUUAGCUUCUAGACUAUUUUUUGAGAGGUGAUAUUGGUGUACAGAAGAUGGGAGACUGUAUUGUGAUUCUGAAUUUAUUGAUGGGAAGCCAAGGAUUUGUGGAACUCAUGCAUCUCUUGCUUAAUUGCAUGCUCAGAUGUAUUACCGUGUCAUGAUACACUCUUCAACUGGAUAUUUUGUAAAUUAUUAUUUGAAGUAAAAAUCCAAGAUAUAUGAUUUGUGAUCCUCUCAUCUGGUUUAUACUGUGGUUGUUAUCUUGCAUGAGCAUUAUGUUAUAUAGGCACUACCAAUUAGAAACACGAUGUAUUAAAAUUAAAGUCCAUGUUGAGGUUAUU